UAUUAACUGUCCCUAUAUUCUUUCUGUAUUUUCUCUGCCUAUCACUUAAUAUUUGUUGGGCGUGAUGCCAAAUCAUCACCCAUGUGGCAUUCUCCUCUUAAUAUAAGUUGGGUGUGCUGCCAAAUCAUUACCCCUUUGGCAUUCCCGUCUUAUUGAAAGGCAUUUUUGUCACGAAAAAUGUACCUUUUGAAUGGAGGCCCUUAAAAGGGGUCUUAGAGACAGAGAUGUGUGGAUGAGUUGUUGAGGGGGAAAAAGAGGAAGCACGAGAGGGAGAAAAAGGUGCGCGGGCGUGAGCAUGAAAAAGGUGCAUGAGUGUGAGAUUAAAAGGGUGAAAACAGAGAGAGUUUUGUAAAAGGAGAAAAUUUGGGGGUUUCACUGUGAAACCCUAGCGCCACCAUGGGGGCUUGUCUUGAGCCAUUUUAUCGGUAUUUCUUUACGGGUGUAGUGAAUCGAAAAAAGGGAUCCGCUAUAGGUGGUUUAUGGUAGGAAGUUAUGUGUUUGAGCAUUUUUUGAUAUUGUAUGAGAACGGAUGAGGUGCUAACUUGCAAAUGUUGGAAUCCUACAAAGCUGAGAAUAAGCAACACAGAACACAACCGGAAAAGGUUGUUCUAUAACUGUUCACAGGUUAUGUUUAAAGAACAAUGUAAUACCUGCCACUGGUGCGAUGAUAUGACGCCUCUCAAUACCAGACAUGCAGAGGAAUUACAAAAAUUGCAAGUCGAGUGUGCGCUGUUAUAUGAGGAAAACCAGAACUUAUUAAGAAUGAUGGCCAGUCAGGAAGAGAAACUUAACGGUGAGAUUAAAGCUUUGAGGAAGAGAAUAGAAUUAGCUAGCGCGGAAGGCCCAAUGCCCCGUCUACAAGCUUGGCAUCUCAGAUAGCGAAUCCGAUGAUGCCGAAGUGAAACACGUAUUGUAAAGCUGCUUUGGUAGUCUUUUAUUAAUACAAAAUAUAACUUCAAUAGUCUUUACUAGUAGGAAGUGUAUACAAUAAGACCGUCUACAUUUGAUACAAGGUGGUAUACGAAAAUAAACGGUCUCAUAGUAUCCAAUCCUUUACUAAUAUAACUUCACGUGAACAUGAAUACGUAAAUGUAUUCAUCAAAUGUAUUUGGGUUUUGGACAUGUGAGUUGUUGAUUUCUUGUAUUCAUCAAAUGUAUU